AUGAAUGGAGAUGGAGGAGACAAUAAUAUGGUUGAGAUGAACGAAGAUUUAUUGAUAGAGAUACUUAUUUUGCUGCCUCCACACGCCGUCUUCAGAUUCAUAUCCGUCUCGAAAAGAUGGAAGAAUAUCAUCAACACUCCUCUCUCUCUCGACUGUUACAGCAGGCGGCAGCGGCGGCGGCAGCAUUGCUCGCCGCGAGCAAUGUUAGCGUUGUUCCCCAAAGCUUUCCAUUGUGGCGGUACUCCGAAUAAUUUACUGCCUAUACUCAAUAAUUACUACUACAUUACCUAUCCAAGAAGCGACCUCGAUAAUAACAUCACGUACUACGUGCCCGAGAAAUUCGGUCACAUGAUCAAUUCCUCCAAUGGCCUAAUUAUAUGUUGUGCUCAGCCAUACAAAUGUUAUCCGACGUACACUGUGUACAAUCCCGUGACGGAAAGAUUUGUCACACUACCGCCGCUGCUUGGUCGGGUUGGGUGCAAAAGUAUCAGAAUUGGGUUCAUGUGCGAGGAAAAUACGAGUGAACUGAAAGCGAAUUACAUUGUCGUUCGAGUAUCUGGUUGUAUAGGAAAGUGGCCUUCAGAUAGAAAUAGGUGGAUAGACACUUACUCUUCAACGUCACUACUUGUGUUGCAGAUAGAAAUAGCGGUAACUACGGGUGAGAUCGUCCAAUACCUCGACGACCCUACGGUUGUGGCGAACCGCGUUUUUCAUUGGUUCGCUGAGUGGCCGCCCAUGCUCGUUGUUUACGACCCGUACGAUGGUCUAAACCAUUUGCAGUUGAUUGUGCUGCCGAUGGAUAUACACAAUUCCAGGUGCGGUGUUAUCACAAGGUCGCCCGACGAAGAUAUUUUAUGGUGGGGCAAAACUGAUCACGGCGAAUACAAGAUGAAGUUUUGGGCACUGCCCAAAGGCGUAAACGGGGGUUACAAGAGGACGACCACCAUACCGAGCGACGAGUGGGUGGUGAAGUACAAAAUCUAUGUCGAUUGUUUUUGCCUUAUAACCGAACGUGAUUGCUUCGUAACCGGUUGGUGGCGUGUGAGCAACCCCACAGUGGAUCUGGACGCCUUUGUUUCGUGGGACCCACUUGUUGUGCUCGUGAGGAAUUACGAGACGUGGUUUCUUUACAACCUCGACAUGGACACGUGGGAGUUGGUUGGGUGUUACGGCAGGCUUAUUCACAUAAGUCCUUCGAGCUAUUAUCAGCCCUCUUUACUCCCCUUUGUCGAAACUUCUUUUCUAUCUUCUUAUGCUCGCCUCUAA